AUGACUGCUGUGUUGAUCGCAGUGGCAACAGGAAAGCAGGGAGGCUCACUCAUCAGAAGCCUCGUCUCGCGCAACGCCCCUUUCGAGAUCCUAGCCGUCACGCGAAACCCGGCAUCUGCGUCUGCCCAAAAGCUCAAAGCCCUGUCAUCCAGCAUCAAGCUCGUCGAAGGUGACCUGGAUAACCCGACCGGCAUCUUUCAGAAAGCGCACGUGCCCGAACAGUUCCACGGACGUUGUAUCCGCGAUGAAGAAGUUGAUCGGCAACAUGAGAAGCGAUAUAAUCACCUGGGCGGCCGAGCCAACAUCAAAGAAAUCGCCGCAUCAUUCGAAAAGUUCUACGGUGUCAAACCAAGCUUGGAAAGUCGCGAGUCUCUCGAUGAUCUGUAUAAGACUAUGCACGAGAAGCGCGCGCAGAGUCCAAUGGAUAUCUAUGGCUAUAUGUCGAUGUUCUUCUAUUACUACUGGGUCAGUGGUCAAACCCUGCUUUCCACGGAUCUGGAUAAUGAGCGAUAUGAUGAGGUCAAGCCCGUUAGUUGGGAAGGCUUCAUGGCCCAGUACCCUCUGGAGACGUUGUCUAGUGCUUUCUUUGCUCUGAGUGGCUAG